CCCAGGUCGUCGAUCAGUUGUGCAGGAUCGCUCGAAGAAAUAUGUUGGAUUUGGUCUAGCUGCUGAUUUGCGCAGAGUGGGUUCAUUAGUUUUUGUUUCUAACAGCGCCUGUCAGGUACUUUGUGAGUUUGGAUUUUUGUUUUUUUUUAUUAUUCGCACGGCACGUGAAAAAAAAUCCGGUGGUUUCGGUGAAGUUUCUCGGCAACAACCCAAAAGCUCGAAUGAACAUAGGUUAGGAUUCAGUGAUCGAUUGGCCGCCUGUGAUUCAAAGUAGGAAAAAGAAGAGGGUUUGGUAAACAGAGUUGUGAUAUUCGAGGCAAGUUGAUCCCAAACCGAGGAAUAAGUGCUGACACGACAGUGUUAGAGAAAUACAAUUUACAAAGUUACAAAAAAAAAAGAAGAUUCCAAGGAAGCAAAUUAGGAGGGAGCGGAACAAAAAGGGCGAAAGAGAGAGAGAGAAAAAAAGCAGCAUCAGUUAAUAAUGAAGUCGAUAAUAUUUUGUGUUUCGUUCGUGUUGGCGUGUGUUGCAGCACAACGCAUCACAACCAUUCAACUCGACGGAGUCCAGUACUUUGUCAGCCGGAUGAAUCCCUACUCGCCGGAGUUGAACUACUUCCUGGCCUACCAGUACUGUCGCUCGCUAGGUCUGCAGUUGGCAUCUUUCGAAACGAAGGAAAAGGUUGAGUCCAUGACGCAGUACCUGUCCAAUGCGGGAUACAGCAAGUAUAACUUCUGGACGUCCGGAAACCGACUCGGCACGGGAAUGUUCCUCUGGAUGAGCACCGGAUUGCCGUUUAAUGCAACGUUUGACUAUUUCGAAUCUUCGACCACGGACGCUUCGGCUGGAUUGGACCCACUGGAUCACAACAGCAACACCUCGCCUCAACGCACCGCUCGCGACAGCAGCAGUGGUCUGGAGCGAGCAUGCGUCCACCUGAAGGCCCCCACGCUCCGGUGGGAACCGGAGGAUUGCUUGGCGGUGAAAGAUUUCAUCUGCGAACAAACCAGAUGCUAUUACUACAACUACGGUAGCAUCCCGGUUUCGUCGGCGCAGGGCCGUCCCAUCAUCACCACAUCGACGACCCCGGCAACAUUCUAUCAGAGCGCAUCGACAGUCCGAGUUCAGACCACGCCGAUUCCGGUGAUUCAAUCGUCGACGACGGCGGCUUCACUGCCGCUGGAGCAAACUUCUCCACUGGCAGCACUGUUAAGCGGAAAUUCCAUCAAUGCCGGAUCCGAAUCUGAGGGCAGUUUGGAGUCUCGCAGCGAUGAAGAGGCAAUUCUUGACGAUGACGAGGAACACGACGACGAAGAGCACGAAGUGGACGAGGAAGACGAAUCGGAGGGGCGCUCGCAGCAGGAAGACGAAUCGGCCGGUGUUGAAGAUCACAUCCAGGAAGAGGAAGAAACAGUAGCGGCCCAUCACGACAUUCCGGUUGAACAGAAACUGAAGCAGAUUACUCGAGAGAUCGAAGAAAUGUCUCACUCCGACCGAGACGUCGAUAACGGCCGCCAAAGCUUCCUGUCACUGUCGGAUUUGAUCAAAAACAUUCGUCCGGCCGAAAAGGUUGCCCCCCAGAUCGAUUCCUCCUACUCGAAUACGAUGCACGUGCUCGGCGAAACCAUUACUCACGGUGAAAGUCGAUCGGCUAAAAUUUGAAUCUCAUAAAUUCCGUCCACGCAAAUCAUUCCAUUCAUCCUCAUCAUCAUCAUCAUCAUCAUCAUCAUCAUCUAGUUUCUAGAAGUUUCGUCUCCCUGUUCAUCGUCGUCCAUCGUCUUCAUCGGCUAGUGUUUUCCGUGGGACAAUACGUGGUAUUUUGAUUUCAUCCUGCCAAUCGCCAAGAGAUACAAAAAUUGCAGUCAUCUUUGUUUCGAAGCUCUUAUCACAAUCAAUCGGACGUUAGCAAAAAUAAACCACGUGAUCUUCCCGAAAACACCAGGCUCCAACUGCACCUCAUUCGAUGACGUAGAUUUAUUAAUUCACACUCACACACACUCACACAGAACCAAAUGCAACAUCCCUGUCGGAUCCAUUCAUCCAUUCACUCCGAAUCACAAACAUUUCGACUAACCCAUUCAACUCCAUACCAUUUGGCUAACGAAUCACAAUCGCAUCAUCAUUUCAAUUGAACAAAUACAAAUCGAUUGGAGAGAGAGAAAGAGAACCUAUUCUACCAUGACAGACUCUAUUACCAAGUAAAUCAAGUGAAACGGAUUGUCCUCGUUUAAGAAGUAAAAGAAAAAAAAUAACAAUAAAAACAACGUGUUAGAUUAUGAUUAAUUUAAGACAUUACAGAGGAGAACAACUCCCGCCCAUAAGUAAGCGAAUAUUGAAUUAAAUUAUAAAAAAGAAUCAGUUUGAACUAACACAAAACUUGAGAAAAGGAAAACAUCAAAACAACACUAGAGAAAAGUUAGACUGUAUGCACGUUUAGUUUGUAAUACAAAUAAUAAAAAAAGAAAGAAACAUUAAACGUAUCCCAUCCGAACAGUGAUAAACAAAAUCGGCCCAGUACCGUUUUAUGAAAACAAGAAUAAAAGCUGUACUUUAUUUUAA